AUGCCAUACCCACACAUGGGUAUGCACCACACGAAAGGCCAGUCGCUGACAAUCAGCAAUGUUGAGAUCUUAGGCAUUCUGUCAUGCACAAGUGCAAAUUGCUGUAGCCCAUCUCGCCCAAACCGCUCGCCAGUCUUGGAAGUCCAAAGACACCUCUUGCUGAGGGAGGCUGUUGGUUUCGUUAUUUCACCAUCAGCUGAAAUGGUACCAAUUGCCUUCUGCACUUGUAGCGCUGCCUCCUCUCCAAAUGGCUGUAUUCCUCAUGUUCAGUGUCCGUGUGACCAUUUUGACGAACGUCCAUUGCAACAGGAGUGCGGCAAAGGCUACAGCCUAAAGUGA